GAGUACCUGUUCAGGUGGACCAGGACGACUCGUUACUAGAACCAUCAUGGCACUCCAAUGGGUGAAGCCGUGGAUCGCUCUGGUCUUCGGACUAUCUGCUGCACAUUCUGAGACUGUUAUGAUUCCAGACAUGACUUCCAUUGGGAGUCUAUAUGAUUCCAAACUGCAAAUCGUAUCAGCAGGAGUGAGUCCCACUCAUAACGGGCAGGUCUGCAGCACAUGGGGUAACUACCACUACAAAACCUACGAUGGAGACCUCUUCCAGCUGCCCUACACCUGUAACUAUGUGCUGUCGUCAUUGUGUAAGAGCAGCAGCGGCUACGAGGCCUUUAACAUUCAGCUGCAGCGCGGGGAGGUAGAUGGGCUGCCCACCAUCACCAAGGUUUCUUUGAAGCUGGAUGGAACCUUCGUGGAGCUGGCCAACGGUAACAUCAGCGUCAACGGAUUACAGGUCACCAUACCGUUUGGUCAGUUUAACGUCUUCAUUGAGAGGACCGUUUCCUAUGUGAAGAUCACAGCCAAGCUGGGGUUAGUCAUCAUGUGGAAUGAAGAUGAUUCCCUCUGGGUGGAGCUGGAUUCAAAGUUCCAGAAUCAUACAUGUGGGCUGUGUGGAGACUUCAACGGAGUCCAGAACGAGUUCAAUAGGAAGGAUGAUUAUCUGAAGAUAAUCGACUAUGCUGAUAUUUCGAAGAUGAAUGGCCCAACAGAAACCUGUACAGAAAUCCCUGUUCACACUGAGAAGUGUGAAGACCAGACCAAACUUUGUAAGCAGCUUCUCACCAGUCUUGCCUUCAGUAGCUGUAAGGACCUGAUUGCCACAGACUCCUUCAUCAAGGCCUGUGCAGAAGACAUGUGUCACUGUGGCAACAGCAGCAGCAGUGUCACUUGCGCCUGUCCCACCAUGUCAGAGUACUCCCGCCAGUGUGCUCACGCAGGGGGGAAACCCCAGGAGUGGAAGACCGACCAGUUCUGCUUGAAGACGUGUCCUUUAAGCAUGCAGUACCAGGAGUGUGGUAGUCCCUGCACUGAUACCUGCUCUAACCCAAAGAGGAACCAGCAUUGUGAGGAACACUGCACCGACGGAUGCUUCUGCCCUGCUGGAACCGUGUUUGAUGACAUCACUCAGACUGGCUGUGUAGCUGUGAACCAGUGCUCUUGUCUCCACAACGGACAAUCUUACCAGCCUGGACAAUCAUUCUCAAGAACAUGCCACAAAUGUACCUGUAUCCAAGGCCAGUGGAGCCAGAUUACCUGUAUCCAAGGCCAGUGGAGUUGUAUGGAUCUAGAUUGCCCUGCUACCUGCUCCAUAGUGGGAGGUUCCCACAUCACCACCUACGAUGGGAAUGCCUACACCUUCCAUGGCGACUGCUCAUAUGUCCUGUCCAAGCAAACCAACAAGACUGCUUUCACAGUCCUGGGUGACAUAGUGAAAUGUGGGAAGACGGACAUUGAGACCUGCCUAAGAUCUGUAACCCUGGUGACUCCAGAGUCCACGAUGAUCGUCAUCGAGGCCAGUGGAAGGGUCUUUGUCAACAAGAUGUUUUCUCAGAUGCCGCUUUUCAUGGGUCUUUGCGGAGACUUUAACAGCGUCCGCACUGACGACUUCAGAACCAUCAAUGGACUCGUGGAAGGAACCGCUGUGACGUUCGCCAACACUUGGAAGACCAAAGCAAGCUGUCCUGAUGUGGCACAGAACUUUGAGAUCCCAUGCAGUCUGAGUGUAGAGAACGAGAGAUAUGCCAAGCACUGGUGCUCAAUGCUGUCAGAUAGUGAAGGAAUAUUUUCCCAAUGCCACACUGAGAUCAACCCAAAUUACUACAAGGAAAUCUGCAUAUUUGACAGUUGUAACUGUGAGAGGAGUGAGGAGUGCAUGUGUGCUGCGGUCUCCUCCUACGUCCAUGCAUGUGCUGCUGCAGGCGUCCUGCUCAGUGGAUGGAGAAACACCACCUGUGGGAAGUACUCCUCCAGCUGCCCUGACACGAUGGUCUAUGACUACACCAUGACCAGCUGUGACCGUACCUGUCGUUCACUGAGCAAGACAGACUUCACCUGCCAGUUAGACCAUGUGUCUGUGGACGGCUGUGGCUGUGCUGAGGGAACCUACCUGAACGACCAGGGAGAGUGUGUCCCUGCCUCACGCUGCUCCUGCUACAAUGGAGGCACAGUAGUACCCCCUGGAGAGGUCACCAGGAUCUAUGGGGCUACAUGUGCAGGGCCCGGAGCCAAGGGCUCAGAGUGCCAGAAGAGCUGUCAAACACUAGACAGUCACUGUGACUACUGCAGCAACAAUCCAAACGGUACCUUUAGAGUGAUCACAGAGAACAUUCCCUGUGGAACCACCGGCACCACCUGUUCCAAGGCCAUCAAGCUCUUCUUGGGGAACAAUGAGAUCAUACUAGCAGAUAAAUCUGUAAAAGUGAUCAAACAAGAGAACGGGGUUGACGUACCAUACCAGGUCCACUCUAUCGGUCUCUAUGUUGUUGUUGAGGCUGGAAAUGGCCUGAUCCUCAUGUGGGACAAGAAGAAUAGCCUGUUCAUCAAACUCAGCUCUACCUUCCAGGGCCAAGUGUGUGGUCUGUGUGGUAACUACGACGGUAAUGGAAAGAACGACUUCACGUCCAGAAACCAGGAAGUGGUUGUUGAAGCUCUGGAGUUUGGGAACAGCUGGAAAGUGUCACCCAGGUGCCCCAACGCUGAUGUCAUAAAAAACCCAUGCACUGUGGACCCCACGCCAUUCCAUGAUGCCUGUGUGAGGGACUCGUGUGCCUGUGACACUGGGGGAGACUGCGAGUGUUUCUGUACAGCUGUAGCAGCCUACGCCCAGGCCUGUAACAAGGCAGGGGCUUGUAUCAAGUGGAGAACACCAGAUAUCUGCCACCUGCAGGAAUCCCUCAGGAACAUGCUCCAGUCAGAUCCCUGCACUGGAAGCAACAACUGCUACCACUACCCCAACAUCAAAACCAACAACUACCCCAACAACUACCACAACAACUACCCCAACAACUACCCCAACAACAAAACCUUCCACUACCCCAACAACUACCACAAGUACCUCAACAACUAA